CUUUUUCUUCAACUCGUGCAAGAUCCAGGCUGAUCCGGUAUGUGGUUCACUAAGCUUGUUUGGUGUCGAUAAUGGUUUUGCUGAAUUCACGAAUGUUCUUGCAUGCUUAGCCUUACCCCUGCUUUUCCUUCCUAUCAGCUUAAGCCAGAAAGUACAAAGUCUAGGGCUAGGCGUAGGAGACCCUGUAACGCGCGUUCGUUCGCGAUGGCACAGUCACACCCAGGAUUUUUAUCAUCUUUCCAACUGGAAAAAACUGCAGGCGUAUUAGCAAACUGUAGGUGACUUUUGCUAAAAAACAUUCAAAAGAUCGUGUUUCAUGUGUUGAACUACAAUUUGUUAAAGACCAACGACUUAUGUUUUGACCCAGCAAUCAUCAAUGAUUUAUUAUUUGUUCUCCGCGGCGACGUAGCGGUACCACCGAAUAGAAGUUUUACUAUAUUCGAACACUUUCCUAUUGACGUACUCUUACUAAAACUAAGCGCGGCCUUUUCCGUUGACUAUUUUGACGAACAUUCUAUCCUCGUCUAGAACCCCUGAACUUGACGUCUUUUACUACAUAAUCAUAAGCCCCAUUCUUCUUGGAAAGGAGCAAAAUGUCAGCCGCUGCGAAGAUUGCUGCAGCCGCCUCGCGGACGAAGAAGAAUGACACGGACGAACUCAACGAACGCAGAAUGGUUAUUCUGGAUCGGGCAAAGUUGAAGCCUAACAUGCCCGCUUACCAGUACCUCAAAAAGAUCGCCGGUCGCUGUGGAAAGGAGUGCAUUUCUGUGUCGUUUAUGAGAGAGAAACUUUAAAAGAAGCCGCCAAGAACUGCAUUCUUUUUUUCUGGAUACUCAAGACAGGAGGUUUUAUUGACACCAAUUACACCACGCUACAGUUACGUGAUCUCAUACUAAAAAUGGUAGCUGUGAAACUUCGCUUACUGAGAGUUGUAAUAGAAUCACUUCGAGUUCGAUUCUUUUGAUGAUUGCCUUUCAUAUUUGUGAAGAAGGAGAUCGAAGUGUGGGACGAGAUGUGUUUGGCCUGCCUCAACCGUGCGAAGAAGACCCCCGACGACGCAGUGAAAGUGGUCAAGCUGCCUUCGAACCUGACCGCAGACACUACUCACCAAUAUGGUGCCAACGCUUUCAAACUCCACCGCUUGCCGAUGCCGAGUCCCGGACAAGUGGUGGGUAUUCUGGGCUCCAACGGUACGGGCAAAAGUACGGCGUGCAAGGUGCUCGCUGGGACAUUGAAGCCGAACCUCGGAAACUUUCGUUUAUGAUACUAGGCUACUCCUAUAAUAAAUGCAAUGAACAACUCAUGAUGAAUUAUGUCUCUGUCAGCGCAGCCAGAUCUUUGUCGACGAAGAACCUCAUAAUUUUUGUCAAUUUUUCUUCCCAGGAGUAUCAAUGUGCAGUGAAGACUGACAUUUUGUUCGACUAGGCUGUUUCUCUUCUUUGAAGUUCAAGCUAUAUUCAACAUACACUAUGUUCUUGGUGCUGCCUCUGAUGUGUCUGUGACCACCUCCACCUCAUCCUGAUCAACCUUUCUUCAUGUUGAGACAAGCAGCCGACAUGGCAAGAGAUCGUGAAAUACUACCGCGGAUCUGACCUUCAGAAUUACUUUUCGGCCUUGGUCGAGGACCGCUUGACCGUGUCUAUGAAGCCGCAGUUGGACAGCGACUACGCGCGACAGCUUCGUGGCCAGAAAGUGUCUGACUUCAUCGAUCAACAGGUCCAAGAGCGUUGUCUGCCGUGCUACGGCGGCGCGAAAACCCUGCCGAAGUGGUUUAACACGCGUAAAACCUUCAUCUUGGAUCAGAUGGAGCUUGGAGAGCACCUGCUGAACCGUGACUGUGGCGAUUUGAGUGGUGGCGAGAUGCAGCGUCUGGCUAUUGCGAUGGCCUGUCUGCCCGAAGCGAAUGUGUACAUCUUUGACGAACCGAGUUCGUUUUUGGACGUGAAACAGCGUUUAACGGCUGUGCGUCUCAUCCGUCAGUUAGCACACGAUUCGAGCAGUCUAAAUCGCUGUGGCCGCAUGUCGUCGAAAAAGACGAGCGAACCGGGAACCCCAAGCACCGCGCCCGACCACGAAACCGACCACGAAACCGACGACGACACCAACAAGCCCAGCGAGGCUUCGUCCGGACUGGAGGACGUCGAGGACGAUGACAACGCUAGUUGUGAGGUAAAAACACCUACUGCAAAAAACAUAUACAAGAAUGUUGCAGGAGAUGAAAAUACAGGUUCGGAAGAUGAGAGCGCCGAAGCCGAUGACGACAUCGCGGCUUGUUCUGACGGGGAAGACGAUUGGGCCAACAGCAGCGAUGAUGAGGCGGCAGAAAAAAAACGAUGCCCAGGAGGCAUUUUGAAGAAGGCUGCGCCAGCUGGUAAGGAGUCUCGAGUACAUUGUCUGUGAUCUUCAUUGUGCCAUUAGAUUCAGCAAGAGAACUACCCGAUGAAGUACUUGAAGGGUAUUUAACGACCUGUUUCCUUGAACAAAAUCAAACAAAACAGGAGGUACUCCUGCGAAGGAGAGUCCCCAAGCGGAGGAGCGACUUUUGCCUGAGGAUGAGAAAACAGUCGAGGAGAAUCAUGUCGAUGACGCGGGUCAUCGCCUUGGCGGUGCAAGAUAUGUCGUCGCUAUCGAGCACGAUCUCGCAGUGUUGGAUUACAUGUCUGACUAUGUGCACUGCAUGUACGGUGCCCCAGGCGCCUACGGCGUGGUGACUAGGCGGUCCUCCAUUCGCAACGGAAUUAACAACUUUUUGGCUGGCUAUUUUCCCGCAGAAAACAUGAAAUUCCGCAAGGAAGAACUGUCCUUCAAGGUCUCGCAUGCGCAAACACUGAAAGAAAUCGGAAGCGCCAAGCAAGGAGCCGGCGUUGCUGGGUCCGGCGAUGCGUCUGCAGCGUACUAGAUAUCUCUAUCUCAUUGAUUAUUUGUACAAAGGGAGAGUGACUGCAGGGUUCUUUGAUGUUACAGUUCCAUUUCCGUAACUCUUCGGGUUCGGAUUCAUCAAGUACAACUGCAAGCAAUGUCCUACUUGUAGAAUAAUUUUUUCGCUGAGUAAGCGAGCUCGACAUGUCUUCAUCUUUCUUUCCCUUUCAAAAAAUACAGGAACAAGAAGGUUGGGCAGAUUUCUUAUCCGCGAAUGACGAAGACACUUACGCGAACGUUUGAGAACACGACUAAGCCAAGCGAGACCAGCAAGGUCACUGUUCACGAAGCCACAGUGAGUUCUUUCACGUUGCAUGUCAGCGCAGGAGGCUUCACAGAGUCUGAGGUGAUUGGAAUGGUUGGCGAAAACGGAACCGGAAAAACGACUUACCUGUCCCUUCUGGCAGGACUGUACGACAAGAAGCCACAAAAGACGAAUCGCGGGGAAGGAGCAGCGUUUACGACAGGUACCUUCUCCUCGUCAUCAUGAGGAUUAGAAGACGAGUACCUUGUUCGUCUCCUUGAACAACUAGGUACAGGGAAGUCAAGGGAAUAUCACAGUAUAAAUGAUGAAGAUCCAAUUGGAUUAGUCCACACUGAUGUUCAUGUUCCGCCAUGGCUAAUUGGCUCUAUUUCAUAAACUAAACUAACUUCAGUUUCACGCGUUGACGAAGAGCUGGAAAGUGAGGCUAUUUCGUUGGUGGAGAAGGGGUGCAGUGUUGCGCUGAAGCGUCAGGACUAUGCGCCUCGAUUCCGCCGUUAUCCUGGAGUUGUGAAGGAGCUUUUAGAGCGGAAUAUCACGCGCGCGUACUGCGACACCAUGUUCAAGCUGUUUGUUUUGCGUCCUCUGCAGAUCGACGAAUUGCUGGAGCUGCCGGUUGCCACCUUGAGUGGCGGUGAGUUGCAGCGUCUGGCCAUCGUGGUGUGCCUGGGAACGCCGGCGACCGUGUACCUGUUCGACGAGCCCUCCGCGGGUUUGGACUGCGAGCAGCGUGUGAAAGUCGCCAAAGUGAUCCGUCGCUGGACCCGGGACUACUUGCACCGCACCUGCUUCGUGAUCGAGCACGACGCCGUGAUGAUCACCGCGAUGGCGGACCGCAUCAUCUGCUUUUCCGGACAACCCGGCGUCGAGGCCACGGCCAGCGAACCUAUGCCGAUGGCAGUGGGCUUCAAUUACGGCUCAAAAUUCUUCAUUUCCACUAGUCAUUUCUCGCAAUUUUCUUCUUGGGAAUCCGAAGAAAUGAACGCAUGAAAUGAAAUGUUUUGAGCUCUAAAUCGGCCGUUUUUUGCGGGAACUGAAUGUGACCCUGCGCCGCGAUCCGUGCAACCACCGUCCGCGCAUCAACAAGCCGGAAAGCGUCAAGGACCGCGAGCAGAAGCUGAGCGGCAACUACUACUGCUUUGACGUGGACGAGAUGGGGGCCGAGGAUGUUAAGGCUACACGAAAUCUCCCAUUUUCAGAAGCAUCUUGCUCCCGUCUUUCAAGGGAAAAGGGGUGCUGCUGA